UUCCUAACGGUUUUCAACAAACUUAUUCCAUUUUCCCCUUCCCCUCACAAAAGUUUCCAUCAAUCUGCUGAAAUGAUUCUCCGACUGCAAAUUCCAACCCCAAAUACCCAAAAUACCCUCAAAACCCUACUCUCCACCACCACCACUGCAGACUCCGGCCUCAUAUUCCGGCGGAAGCUACUCUACCUCCAAUCCCUAAAAGUAAACCCCACAAAAGCUCUCAAUAAAAAUCCAAACCUCCGCUCCGCCCCUCUCUCCACCCUCCACUCCACCACCCAAUGCCUCUCAUCAAUGGGCAUCGAAUUCUCCGCCCUCGGCCGGAUCCUCGACAUGUACCCGGAGCUACUCACAUCCGACCCGUAUUCGGAUAUAUACCCAAUUUUCGAUUUCCUCCUCAACACCGUCGAAAUCCCCUUCCCCGACAUCCGGAAGUCGAUAAUCCGGUGCCCCCGCCUCCUCGUAUCCGACCCGGAAACCCAAUUAAAGCCCGCAUUCGAGUUCCUGACCCGAUUGGGCUUUUCCGGAUCGAGUAGACUCACCUCUCAAACGACAGUGUUGCUGGUCUCGAGCGUUGAGUUUACCCUAAUUCCAAAGAUUGAGUUUUUAUUGGGGUUGGGAUUGGAGUAUGACGAGGUGAAGAGUAUGGUUCUGAGAUCGCCGGGUUUGUUGACUUUCAGUUUGGAGAAUAAUUACAAACCCAAGACGGAGUAUUUCUUGGAAGAAAUGAAUGGUGAUUUGGAGGAAAUUAAGAGGUUUCCGCAGUAUUUUUCGUUUAGUUUGGAGAGGAAGAUUAAGCCACGUCACAUGCUUUUGACGGAGCAUGGAUUGUCGAUGCAUUUGUCGGAAAUGUUGAAGGUUAGCGACGGAGAGUUCAAUGCGCGGUUGAUUGAGAAGCGUUUGAGAAUGGUGGUGUAGAAGAAGAUUUUAACUGUAGCUUACUGUAAGUUUCUCUUUCGUCGCAUUCGUAUGCAAUUUGGGGUAAUAAUUUGAUUGGUUAUACGUCUAGUUUUUCUAGAUUUUGUCGAAAUGUACAUGUUUUGUAGAAAUGCAAUCGAUUUUUUUCUGCACACAAUGUGUUUGCAAUUAUGCCUGAAUGGUGAUUGAUCAUUGUUCCCAGUCAUGUUUCUAUCAUUAUUGAUACGUAUUAGUGUUGGCCGAUGAUA